AUGUUGUUGUACAACAUCACUCUUCAGAACAACACUAGCAUUAAUUCAGCUGUUCAUGGAUGUUUUGCUGGCAAUCACAAAACCCAGGUAAUUUCCAUCUUCAGGUAUAAUGUUUUAUCUUUAGGAAAUAUGUGUUGCUCGAGGAACAGCUCUCCAACUAGUACAAUGCGACAAUAAGCAAGGGAAGAUGUCUGUUGUUUGCAGUCAUGAUGUGUUUGGUAUUAUUCGAUCCCUUCUAGCAUUUAGACUUACUGGGAGCAGCAAAGGUAUCAUAUUCGUUUUUUUUGCAUCUUUUUUAGAUUACAUUGUUGUCGGGACGGACUCUGGACGAAUAGUAGUCCUGGAAUACAACGGUGACAAGAAAUGUUUCGAGCGCGUACAUCAAGAAACUUAUGGCAAGACUGGAGUCAGAAGAGUGGUUGCUGGUCAGUAUUUGGCAGUAGAUCCCAAGGGACGUGCUGUUUUGAUUGGGGCAGUGGAGAAACAGAAAUUGGUCUAUAUUAUGAAUAGGGACGCUCAUGCCAACCUGACGAUAAGUUCUCCAUUGGAAGCUAACAAGAAUAGUAACAUCUGCUUCGCCGUUACCGGAAUUGAUGUUGGAUUUGAAAACCCAACAUUUGCAUGCUUGGAAGCCGACUAUGAGGUUAGUUUUAAGUUUAUCCUGGUAUGUAAUCAACGCUAUGUUGAAGGAUGCUGAUCAUGAUCACACAGGAGAAGCGGUCAAGAAAACCAAGCAGACUUUAACUUUUUACGAGCUCGAUCUCGGUCUUAACCAUGUAGUUAGAAAAUACGCUGAACCCCUUAAAGAAUUUGGUAACCAUUUGAUUUCUGUGCCCGGAGGUAAUGAUGGGCCUAGUGGUGUGAUCUGCUGUUGUGAGGGGUUUUUGGUUUAUAAGAAUUUGGGUGAUCAACCUGAUGUCAUCUGUUCAAUACCACGUCGAAGGGUAGGUGAUUAAAUUGAGUUAACUCUUCGAGUUUAGAACGAAUUGGACGACAGUGGGAAAGCAAUGUUAAUCAUAGCCUCGGCUACUCACAAGACAAAAUCCCUCUUCUUCUUCAUUGUCCAGACUGAGAAUGGAGAUCUUUUCAAAGUUAAUAUUGUUUCUGAAGGUGAUGUUGUAACGGAAAUGAGAAUCAAGUAUUUUGACACAGUCCCCCCAGCCAACAGCUUGUGUAUUCUGAGGUCGGGAUUUCUGUUUGUGGCUAGCGAGUUUGGGAAUCAGUAAGUAGUAUUAUGCCUUUAACUAACUAACAGGGGAAGUACCCCAAGUGCGACGCUCAGAUUUUGAUGAAACUUGGCACAAAUUUAGAACAAUUUUUUCUAAGAUAUAUGCGAGAAUCCUAGCUCGCGUUUUGCAGAAACAACCGAGAUUUUUAGAUCGAAAGCCGUCGAAAAUUUAGGACUUUUUGCCGAAUUUCGGCACGAAAAGUUUCAUGCCUGUUUCUACCGUAAAGGAUAAUGUUUUUACAAAAAAUCAAAUUUUUCCGCACGAGACUGCCAAAGUUAUGGCCAAAAAGCGUUUUUCUCUCUAACCGCUCUCCACGUUUCGCGUGCUCUCUCGGCGGCAUAAAUUGUCCGAUAUCUCGGUGGCGCCCGCAAAGUGCGAGCUAAAACUUUCAGGAAUUGAUAUUUAGUCUAUUCCCGACCUGUGUGCAAAAUUUAAAGAAAAUCUGAGCGUCGCACUUGGGGUACUUCCCCUGUAAGUACAUUUUACAUUAGUUUUAAUGUUUCAGUCAUUUAUAUCAAAUUGCCCGACUUGGAGAUAACGAUGGUCAACCUGAGUUUUCUUCAAAGGUUCCGUUGAGUGAAGGAGAGGCUCACUUCUAUGAUUGCCAGCCAUUGCAGAACUUGAUUUUAGUUGAUCAGAUGGAUAAUCUCUGUCCAGUCGUUAAGACCAAGGUAUUUUAUUGGAUUUUCCGUUUUCUUUAUGAUUUCAGGUUGAAGACAUGGUUAAUGACGGAGCUCCGCAACUGUACGCUUUGUGCGGCAGGGGGCCACGUUCCACUCUAAGGAUGUUAAGAAACGGAUUGGAAGUUUUGGAAAUGGCUGUUUCCGAGUUGCCCGCUAAUCCGACCGGAGUUUGGACAGUGAAGAAAAAUGUGGAUGGUGAGUGGAGGAUUAGUGAGAUUUCAGUUUUCUUUUUAGAUCCCUUCCAUUCGCAAAUUGUCGUAUCCUUUGUGAAUGCGACCUUAGUACUUGGAAUUGGUGAGACUGUGGAAGAAAUUUCGGAUUCAGGUUUCUUAUCGACUAGCCCUACUUUAUCAUGCGGACUUAUUGGAGACGAUUCUACGAUUCAAGUAGGUUCUUAUGUUUCAACUCCUUCUGAUCCUAAAUUUUAUUUAGGUUUAUCCCAACGGUAUUCGUCACAUCAAACCAGACAAACGUAUCAAUGAAUGGAGGACCCCGGCGAGAAGGGUCAUCACCAAAUGUGCUCUGAAUCGGAGACAAGUUGUCAUCUCUCUAAAUGGUGGUGAAAUUGUCUAUUUCGAAUUAGAUGUGUCAAAUCAACUUAGGGAAUAUUCAGAACGUAGGGAGAUGACUUCCGAAGUCCUAUGCCUUGGUAUGGCUGACGUCCCCGAUGGAGAACUUCGUUCCAGGUUUUUGUGUGUGGGAUUAGCUGACAGGACGGUCAGAGUGAUAUCUCUGGACCCAGCUGAUUGUUUGGCCCCAUUAAGGUGAGAAACACAUAUUGCUUGUCAGAUUCCUUCUGCUUUUAAAAUGAUUUUUUUUUAUUUAGCAUGGAGAACUUACCAUCUGAGCCAGAGAGUUUGAUGAUAAUGGAAACUACAGCCGAGGGAUCCAAUUCAAGUGUUUUGCAUUUGAAUGUAGGCCUCCAGAAUGGAUGUUUGCUUCGAAUUACUUUGGAUCAGGUUACUGGCGACUUGUCCGACAACCGAACUCGUUAUCUCGGUGCCAAACCAGUAAAAGUGUUUCCAGUUAGAAUCCAAGGGAAGGAUGCGGUAAUACUUUUUAUUUGUAAAAGUUUUUUUUUAAUUGAUCACUAAAAUUUCAAUUUUCAGUUGUUUGCUUGUUCGAGUCGUGCCUGGCUCUUCUACAACUACCAGAGCCGGUUUCAUCUGACACCCCUCAGUUACAUGCCUCUAGAAUAUGCGGCCUGCUUUUCUUCCGAACAAUGCGUUGAGGGAAUCGUUGCCAUUACUGAAAGAGCAUUGAGGUGUGUGAUUUACUCUUUUUUGAAACGUUUAUUGGGACCAGGGAUUUUUUUCCUUUUUGUACAAUUGCUUAGUGCAGCCUCCUCUAUUUGUUGUAACGUUAGGCUAGCUACGGUCUUAUUGGCUCCAUCAUUCCAUGAAAAAAGUGGCUUACUGUAUUUCUUUCUUUUUCUUGCAGGAUCCUGGCUCUUGAGAAGCUCGGCACCGUGUUCAAUCAAAUGAAGUUUCCUUUAAAGUACACACCUCGGCGGUUUGUUUGCCAUAAGCCCUCGGGGAACGUUAUAAUUAUCGAGACUGACCACGCAGCAUUCACGGAGAAGGCAAAGCGAAGAAGAAGGGAAGAAUUGGCAAAGGUAUGGUCUUAACUCACUUGAGCGUACUGUAUUUAUUAGGAAGUGCGGAAAUUAGCUCAGUCUGAUGAGGAACGCGAAAUGGCUGAGGAAAUGGCCAAUCAACUCACGAAUUACGAACCGGACGAGUCAACCUUUGGAGCGCCAUCGGCUCAUCCCGGUGCCUGGGCUUCGGCGGUUCGGAUGGUCAGCGCUAAAAACGGGGCAACUAUUUGCAAUUACGAGCUUCCAGAAGGUGAAGCCGCUUUCAGGUCAGUAAACAUAAUUAGUGUUUUGGGGAGGUUGAUCCGCGCGACUAAUGACACCCUUUUUAGUGUUGAAUUGGUUCAGUUCAGAAGCCAGGGAGAUGCCACUUUUGUUCUUGUUGGAUGUGGUGUUGGUCUUCAAUUGCGUCCGCGUAAGCAUGCUGGUGGUUGUAUCUAUACAUUCCUUCUAUCUGCGAAAGGCCACAGAUUCGACUUUAUUCACAGGACACCAACUAAUGAGGUAUUUGAUUUUCGAAAGGUUAAAAUAAAAAGCUUUUUUUAGGUUGUGAACGCGAUUCACGACUUUAGAGGGUUGGCUUUGGCUGGAAUUGGGAACAGACUUCGACUGUUUGAUUUUGGAAAGCGAAAAUUAUUGGCAAAAUGCGAGAAUAAGGUAGGGUGA